UUAAAAAGCCGUUCUGGAAGAGAUCUUUAAUAGGAUAUUCCAGUCUCUUCUGGGUAAUAAAAUUAUCAUCAUUUUUAAUUGAGCUCAAAUUACAUACUUUACGGCAACCAACAAUGAGAGUCUGUUGGCUUGUGGGAGUGCUGAUUAAUUCAGAAGUGGAGCAGUCGACGUUUUUGUGUGUGUUUUAGGCAUUGAUUGUUUAAGGAUGUUUUUUAUGAAUCAAUAUUCAAUGGAUUAACAAACACAGAGACAACCAUGUCUACAGUGCUGGACAGGCCGGAACUGUCCGCGUCGGGGGCAGCUCCAGAAGAUGGGGUCCCGGACAUGAUUGUGAUCAGUGAAAUUGAUGAAAAUGGAAUUGCCAUCAACUUAAAGACCCGAUACACCAAAGAUCAAAUUUAUACAUUUACAGGUUCAAUAUUGGUAGCUGUGAACCCCUACAAAGACCUUCCCAUAUAUGACCAGAAAGAUGUUACUCAGUUUAAUGGCAAGAAACUUAGCCAGAUGGAGCCACAUGUGUUCGCAAUCAGCGAGGCAGCAUUCCAGAAUCUCCACAGCUCCCAAAAAAACCAGUCCUGCAUUAUCAGCGGGGAGAGUGGGGCAGGCAAGACGGAGACGACCAAGUUCAUCCUGCAGUACCUGUGUUCGGUUACCAAUCAUGUGUCAUUCUGGGUGGAGCAGCAGAUUCUAGAGGCUAAUACUGUGCUGGAGGCUUUUGGUAAUGCUAAGACAGUUCGCAAUGACAACUCCAGUCGUUUUGGAAAGUUCAUGCAGGUGUGUUUUGACGAGACCAACCAAAUCAAGGGCUGCAUUGUCCAGGACUAUCUCCUGGAGCAGUCCCGCAUCACAUUCCAGUCGCUGGACGAGCGCAACUACCAUGUGUUCUACCAGCUGGUGGCAGGGGCUGCGGCAGCCCCGGAGAUUCAGGACCAGUUCUUUCUCCUUCCCGUGGAGAGUUAUUUCUAUCUCAAUCAGAGUGGGUGUUACGAACUUCACAAUGUGGACGAUUCCAAGAUGUUUGACAGGCUACGUCUCGCCAUGAACGUACUGAACAUUCCUGCCGAGAUGGUGGACGGGAUAUUUUCCGUGUUGUCGGCAGUGUUACUGAUCGGGAAUCUUACAUUUGAGGACAUCGAGGGAGAAAAGAGUGACCUGACGAGUGAAGCCAAGAGCAUACUGGAGAUGAUCUGUCAGCUGCUGGGAUUUGAGCCGGACGGUCUAACAGAGGCUCUAUUAUUUCGGCAGAUUCAGGUCCGAGGGACGGUCACCAGUAUUCCCUACAAAAUACAAGAGGCCAGAGACAAUCGCCAUGCUGUAGCCAAGGCUCUCUACUCCCGAACAUUUGCCUGGCUGGUGGACGCCAUCAACAAGUGUACCAACCCAGGACAACACCAGACAAAGUUUAUUGGGGUCCUAGACAUAUUUGGCUUUGAAAACUUCCAGACCAACAGUUUUGAGCAGCUGUGUAUCAACUACACCAACGAGAAGCUUCACAGGUUCUUCAAUCAUUAUGUCUUCGCCAUAGAACAGCAGACAUAUGAGGAGGAAGAAAUCAAUUUUUCCCACAUCACAUUCACCGACAACUCGGCGUGUGUUGAACUGAUAGAGAGGGCUCCUAGGUGUAUUUUGAAAGCUGUUGAUGAAGAAUGCAGAUUUCCACAGGGAACAGAUAAGUCUUACAUCCACAAACAACAUGAGGCCUUUGAGGGGCACCCCUGUUACGUGAAAGGGGACCGUAGAUUGUGGGAGCAGGAGUUUGGAAUCCACCAUUAUGCGGGACUGGUGACAUACACAGUGCAGGGCUUUUUAGAUAAGAAUAAAGAUACACAACAAGAUCAACUGUUUGAGUUGAUGCAUGGAUCCACCAAUGUAUUUGUACAGGAUCUCACAAGAUUCCAGGACUUGCUAGGAGUAAGGUUAGAGGAUCUUGGAGGAAGACAAACAAUUUCACGCACAAACAAAAGUAAGCCUACUGUGGGAGACACCUUCAAACAUCAGUUAUCUGCCCUUGUUGACAUUCUCCAUUGUACAAAUCCUUGGUAUGUAAGAUGUCUGAAACCAAACUCGGCCAAAGUGCCCAACAAUUUCAACAAGGGAGAGGUGCUGACACAGCUGAAAUACUCAGGGAUGUUAGACAUCAUCAGAAUCAAGAAAGAGGGUUUCCCAGUACAUGUGGCUGUGGAUGUCUUCAUGUCAAAGUAUAGCUGUCUCCUGCAAAAGUCCGAUGACGGACUGGAACCAAGAGAACAAGUCCGGAACAUCCUAAAUGUCCUUCUGCUGCCAGAAACAGAGUGGCAGGUUGGAAAGACAAAGGUGUUUAUGAGGAACUCUGUAUUUGAGCCACUAGAAGUGAGGAGGUUUGAAUUCCUCACACUGUGUGCUUUACUGAUUCAGAGGAUCUGGAGGGGUUUCCACUGUAGGAAAGCCUAUGUUGUGAAGAGGGAGGCAGUAAUCAUUCUACAGACCAACUUCAGAGCACUGCGAUACAGAAUACAGUUCAAGCGUCAGAGACGAGCAGCCAUUACUAUACAGAGAUACGUCCGAGGAAUGUUUGCUCGAUGGUAUGUGAUGUCUCUGAGGGAACAGAAACGCAUCGAGGAGGAAAGACGCAGGCAGGAAGAGCUGGAGCAAGAGAGACUACUCCGAGAGAAAGAGGUGGCAGACAGCCAGAUCAUAGAGGAGUCACUCAAAUAUUUACCUCGGGCGGAAUUAAUCCGACGGCUAAACAUUGCAGCAGCCAGUGUUUUAGGAGAUUCCCAGAAGGAGCUUGAAUCCCUGACUAAAAUGAUAGAGUCCAUGUGUGAACACUUCCAGCCAGUAAUGUCACCCACGAACCUGAACCUGGACGAUAUGUUCAGUUUUUUGAAGGAUGACAAAAACGACAUUGAACAGGAGACCCAAGAGGCCCUUGACCAGAUCAACACCGAGUUCACACUCCUCAACCAGCUCCUUGAUGAGGACAUGGAGAAACAUGAAGAGGAAGCGUAUAAGAAGAAGCAGGAGCUGGUCCUGAGGGACCUUGAUCAGGCCAUGGACGGGGAGGAAGAGGGGGAGGAUGUCCUACCACCCCCACCUGUUGCCAUGGAUACCAGUAUAGUGGGCGUGGAUCAGUUACCUCCUCCACCACAGGGAAUGGAGGAACCACCUCUACCACCACCAGAGGGAGGUGUGCCUCCACCACCACUUCCACCAGGAGUGCCUCCACCACCACCUCCACCACCACCUCCACCAGGAGUGGUGUCUCCUAUUUCACCCACUAUGUCAACCUCAACAGACACUUUUGGGUCCAGAUCCUCAUAUGCUGAAAACAUGGCAGAGAUCAUGGAUAUGCAGAAUGUUUUGGAUCAAUUUGAAACCUCAACAGAUGCUUUAGUGCCUCCACCACCAGUUCUACCACCCCCACCCACCAUACCGGUCCCCCCACCUCCACCAGGUCCCCCACCACCGCUGUUGUCAGACGAAAUGCCAGAACCGCCAAUCACAAAUGUGAACAGACCUCUACCGGCCCCACCCAUUCUUCCCCCUCCUCCUACUAUACCUGCUCCACCCACCCCAACCGGAAUGGUUACCAGGAGAAGACCGAACUCUAUCAAAAUCCAGAACGGUGAUGUCCGACCACCGUCCAAUGUAGAAGUCCUGUCGCCCACAAUGCAGAAGAAGCUGAGCACAUUGAUGUCGGGCCCCACCGAGGACAUGGUUCAGCUGAGAGCCAAGCGAAUUAGUACCAUGUACAACCUGAACGGGGACUUCACACACCGAGAGUCACGGAACAGCAUCAUACAGGAGGAGGAAGAGAUGGACACCGAGCAUGACUUCCUGGAGUACGCUGAAAAGUACUUCAUUGACCAUCCUAAAGAUACUGGAGGCGGCACCAUCAUGAAGAAUCUCAAGAGAAAGAGCAGCUCAGCGAAGGAGAUGAUGAGUAAGGAGGAUAUGCUUGUUUUUUGUAAGAAUGGAUUAAUUCCAUCCUCCCACAUCCUGAUCCAUGACAAUGAGAACCUCCAUCUCGCCUGUACACUCUUCAAGGAAAUCACAAAGUUCAUUAAAGAUGAAGUGAAAGACGACGUUGCCCUACAGAUUGUACAGAAGUACGUCAAGUCUGGUAUAGAGCGAAUUGAGCUACGUGAUGAAAUUUUCUGUCAAUUAGUGAGACAGACCAAGCAUAACCCUGAGCGGCCAUGGCUUCUGUCGACUUGGACGGUGCUGUGUCUGUGUUCAGCCGCUUUCAGUCCUAGUAAAACUCUCAGCAAGUAUCUCAUGAGUUACAUCAAGCUGAGCUGCAGUGAUAGCAUUGUGGGGAAGCAUGCCCUCCAGUGUCACAAACAUCUUACCAAGACCCGGGCCACAGCCCGCAAAAUUCCCCCAUCCAUGUCAGAAAUUAUGAGCAUGACACACUUGAGUCCGAUGGUGUGUAAGAUCUCAUUCAUGGACGGCAAGACAAAAGCGGUGGGUGUGAUGCCAUGUGACACAUCAGAAGAUGUGCUGGAGAGUGUCCGGAAGAAGAUCGGGCUGCAGUCGGUGGAGGGAUGGGCCCUCUUUGAGGUAUCGACAGACCUUGAUCGUUACAUCAGAACAUAUGAAUUUGUGGCUGACAUCCUCUCAGCCUGGGAAAUGAGUGACAAGCUAGCCUCCCAGCCCAGUAAGUAUGAGACGUUGUCCAAGAAAGGACCCAAGAUGGCCCUGGGUGGCACUGAUGCUGUAAUCAUGCUUAGAAAGAGGGUGUUCAGACACAUCACAGAGAUCCCUAAUGACCCGGUGGAGUACCGACUUCUGUAUGCUGAGGCAGUACAACAGGUUAUAUCAGAUAAGUUCCCGGUGUCUGAUAAAGUAGCCCUACAGCUAGCUGGACUUCAGGCCCAGGUCGUGUGUGGGGAAUAUGAAGAGGGGAGAGAUAAUAGGUAUUCUGAGGCAGAACUGUUCCUGUGUAAGAGAGUGUUAGCUCAGCCAGGAAGGGACUGGAAUGAGGAGAUUGCUUCAGCUCACAGGCAUUAUGGUAAGGGUAAGACAGAGCUGGAGGCUAUGGUCUGGUACCUGACCUGUGUAAAACAGUUCCCUCUCUACGGUUGCACGCUUUUCCAAAUCCACAACAAAGGCAUGUGGGCACACAUGGGGGACGUUCACCUGGCUAUCAACAUGGACGGUCUCAAGUUCAUUCGUGCCAAGGAUAAGAAUGUCAUGUAUGGAUUCAUGUACUCGGAGAUCGAGUCCAUCAGCAUAGAUCCCAACGACAAUUACAUGACUGUGGAGCUGAAAAAUGAGGUUGUUUGUCAACAGAGGUGCUUCAUGUUCGAAACCAAUCAGAAGGAAGAUAUUGGUCACCUGAUUGCUAGUUACUCUCCAGGCCAUGCCUCUUGGCUCAAACCAGAGUAUGAAAGUCUCAAGAAAAAGGCCCAUCUAUGCAAAAGAAAGACUAAGAUGACAGAUGAUGAAAAGCUGAAGCUGUAUGAGGAAUUGGUUCGGUGCCGCAGAGCAUUGUCCGACUGUCGACUGUUACGUCCAGCCCAGUCUCAACACAGCUCGAGUUUCCUGAAACAGUCCAUCAGGAGACUGACCAAGUCUAAAAUGGAGAGACUGAGGAGUUCGACCAUGACUGUUGGUCAUUUUGACAUUAGUUACUGGUCAUUCAGCAAAUCGUGUAUCAAACAGGCCCUCAGUGUCUUAGAUCCUCAGACGGAAGAACAGGCUAUUAAAAUGUUCUCCUCAAUCCUUGUGUAUUCAGGCCUCGGGGAGCCAGCGAAACCAUUUAAUUUCGGUAGCAUAUUUGACUCAGGAAAGGAUGAAAAGCCCGACUUGACAUCACUGAUUCAGAAUGUAAUCCACAAGUGUAUGGACAGUGACCAGUUGUGUAAUGAGUUCUACCUACAGCUCAUCAAACAAACCACGGAACACCCAGAUCCCAACAGUUUAGUGAAUAAGAAGAACUGGCAGUUGAUGGCAGUGGCCUGUAGUAGUUUAACGCCCACCCACAGUCGUCUACAGAAGUACCUCCUCUGUCACCUCCGCAAGUGCUCACUGGAUUCCACCUCAGAGGAGGGCCGCUUCGCUCGGUUCUGUCACAAGUGCUUUACACGAACUGCUGAUCAGAAAAGAAGAAAGUUUCCACCCUCACAGAAAGAGAUACAGUGUCUCACAGAGAGGAGGCCAAUCUUUGAGAAGGUUUAUUUCUUGAACAUGGAGAACAGAAGUGUGGAGUUUGACUCAGCUUCCACCUGUGGAGAGUUGAUCAAGACAGUGAGAGCAAAAAUUGGAAUGCGCUCGGAUGCAGAAUGUUUCUCAUUGUACGAGAUUGGGCCAUCAGAGAGACACAUGGCACAUGAUGAAAGGUUGUCGGACAUGCUGAGUAAAUGGGAGAGACUGGGAAGAGGAUUUGGCAAGGAGCAAAAAAUGCUGUUUAAGAAGCGGCUGUUCAUUGACCCGUACAUUAACCCCUUGGACCCGGUGGAGUGUGACCUGGUGUUCCAUCAGCUGAUGGGGUACCUGGCUGAGAGUAAAAUCCCCAUCACCCAAGAAGAGGCAGUGAAACUCUGUGCCUUGAAAAUACAGUCUGAAAUGGAUGAGCUGCAGUCCCCCGAUAUUGACUACAGUUCCAGCUCAAGAAUCCUUCCAGCGUAUAUUAGAGACUCGGUGAGAUUAGAAGAUGUGGCCUGUGUUCACAAUUCAUUUUUGGAGCUGACCCCUAAUCAGGCAAUAUUAGCCUUCAUUGAGGUCCUAAAACAGUGGGAUUUGUUUGGUGCUCAAGUCUUCAAUGUAUCGCAAAAUUACACAUCGUCUCUUCCCAAGAGCCUGCUCUUAGCCAUUCAUCAAAAAGGGAUCACGCUGAUGGAAGUCCGAACAUUUAGAACUCUUGCCUCCUACCAAUUCACUGAUGUGGUCCACUCCAGUCCUGCCAUCACCAGUAUUAUGAUUGUUGUGGGUCAUGUUGCCAAGGGAACCAAAUACAUGUUCACUACAAAUCAGGCUUUUGAGAUUGCUCACCUGAUUAAAGACUACAUCAAUGAGCUUCAGUCUCGUUUUCUGAUCCCCGCCCCCCAAACUACAGACAUCAACAUGAACCGGUCCUCGACUGUGUUCUUUGACGACGCGUCUAACACGCUACAGACACUUGUAUAGCUGGGAGUGGGACAGAACGGAUCCAGAAUAUCACACUGUGUUCAUUAGAAAGAUUUCUAACACUGUAGUCGGAGUCGGAAGGAUGUCCGAAGUGCAUAUUGUCCUGUUAUUGUGUCGUGACUCGGUGUUUUUGUGGCCAUGCUUUUACUGGACAGAGAGGUCCUUUACUGACCAGACUGACCAAGCCUGUAUCCUGUGCAAUCUGACGAUGUGAUAUGUAGUGUGUGGCACAUGUCUCCAGUGUUUGUGUGCUAGGACUGGUGAUAUUUUUGUUUGAAUUCUUUGUUAUAUUUUGCACUUGUUAGAAAUACUCUGAAUGCUUUUUUUUUUUUUGGUCUAUAAGUUGUCUUUAAAGGCAAUAAUUUUUUGGAAUAAGAAAUAUAUACAAGUCGUAUCAAAAGGAAUCUCAUGGGAGUGAGUGUCAGUAUAAGUAAGAGGAAGAGUAAAGAGACCAAGUUCUGUUACUGAGGUGAUGUUACACCACACACAAAGUGGCUUCUAUGGACUGUUUUUUUUAUAAGUUUUGUGCCUUAUCGUAAUGCAGGAGAAUGGGAUAUCAGAUUCAUGUGUCUGUACUUUUUGCUAAAACUUCUGUCGAAUCAGAAUCCUUUGCCUGUUCGGUACUGCUUUGAAAUCCAAAAAAAAAAACUGCUUUAAACUUGACUGAAUGUUGGCAUGUUGCUGAAGAUAACAGAAAUCCUAUUUUGAAUUAUUUCCCUUAUUAGAACUCUCCUGUAAAUCAGAACAGAGAGGGAAGGUUAAGGGCAUACGUGACGUUUCUGACAUUUUUUCUGAAAUUAUUUUUGUCUCCUCAAUAUGAAGAGUUUUUGUAUGAUUUCUGAAAUGGGUUUUGAUUUUAUAAUAUAGUAAUAUUACCAUACUCUUUAUAUCGGCCUGGGUAGCUCAGUGGUCAGAUUACCUAACUAGAAAUGCAAGGGUCCCUGGUUCGAUACCUGAUUGUCUCAAAGAUUUUUCUCUCUUUAUUUGCUAUAGUGAUAUCCAUUUAUACAGCUUACUGUUGUACAUAAGAGCUGACUUACAUUUUUACUUGCAACAACCAGAAACUAUCAAAAUGUGCAAACUCUAAAACUGACCUUUUUUUUUUUUUUUUUUUUUUGUAGAAACGAAAUGUGUAAUGUGUGUGAAAUGUCAUGAACAAUAUAUAGGAUUGAGAAACAUCGCGUGUGUCCUUAAGUGGGACAUGGGCUGUAACUCUAAAACUUUAAUAUGUACUUCAUGUGGUAGUUGGAGAUCAGUUAAUUUUAUCAAUUUACUUUCAGGGGUUUAAUUUAGUAAACAGUUUAGAGGGAAGAGAAAAAAAAAUGUUUUCAGGGAUUGUUGAUUAAUUCGAAAUAAAACUGUUCAUGAUUGAUGUAACUGUAAGGAGAUGAAGAAGCGGAGAACGUUCAUGGUAACUACAUUCUUAAGAUUCUCUCAAGCAAGUGGAAUUACUUCCCCUUCACAAAAAUAUUGGGAACCUAAAUUUGAUUUACUUUCAAGAGUUCCAAGAGAAGUGGUUCUAAAAUGGUCUAUUGCUCAAAUAACCUCAGAAAAGCCUUGAUGCUUUGACCUCAGGCAGGGUUGGGUUUUUUUAGCCAUUGUAUGGGAGUUUUUGAAAAUUUUACUUUCUUUUUACUGAUCACAUUUAUGCAAUGAUUACAAUUUGCUAUCAAUAUAUAAUGAUAUACUGAUAUUUCCUCCUUUUUUGGAUAAAGUUUUGAAGUUUACUCUCCAAACACAUUGGCAUGUUUUGUGUAUUAAUUACAGUUAUCAAAUUUUGGUGCAUGUAACAAAGUUACAUGUACUUUUGAUGCUUUGCCAAUUGAUUUACACUUGCUUUUGUUUUCUUUUUGAAAACUAAAAAACUGACAUAUUAAAACCUCACUUAUAUUAUACAAAAACUUUUGAGACCAAUACUUCAUAAAACUUCCCUAUAUCACAGCAUACUACAUAUAACUCAGGCCUAAACUGAUCAUUGUUUUGCAUUUAUUCGAUUGUCUCACAAGCAUGAUGUCACUGGUUCAAAACCAGUCAUAUUUUUUUUUUGUAUGACCAAUAUACGUUGCAAAUCAGAUAUUGAUUUAAUGUUAUCCACACCAUAUCUAGUCAGUAUUUUAACGCCAAAUAUUAUUGUAGCUGAAUCCUUUAUACAAGAAGAAUCCAUCUCUCAUGCAUUUUCAGGUUUACAAAUUUUUUAAACAUUUCAAAACUAUUGUGUAUAAUUUGAUUGUUCUAUAUAUUUUUUAGAAAUGGUAAUUUUCAAAAACAUCUCAGAAAUUUUUCAUAUUUUCCGUGUCUCGUGGAAGAAGCAAAAUAUGCGAGUUACAUGCCAAAUGAAAAUUAUUUUGUGAUGGUGUCCAAUAAUUAACAUUCGACCCAAGUUUAUUGAAAUGACAUGUGAAUACAAUUUACUAAUGCCACUUGGUAGCUGGGUUUUUUUGUUUUGUUUUUUCUCUCUUGCCAAACAGUACAUGCUUCCUUUUACGGAGACUUUAAUUUAAACUUGGUACUACCAUAUAUCGAGUCAUUUUUGGCUUUAGGAACAUUUAGUAGUUUGCAAUCUUAACACUCUUUUGGAGCGCAAUUUCAUUUAACAGGUGUAUGAUAUAUACGAAUACAUUCUUUGUAAAAAUAAAAAUUUCUGGUGAGUUUUUCUCAUCCACCAAAAAAAAAACCCAACAUUUCCCGUGUGCCGAAAUGAUCUGAUACAAGGUAUUUCACAUACACAGAGGAUGCUACUGACAAACUGUCUUCAAGUUUCUGAAGAGAAGUUUGGGGGUUUUGUUUUUUUGUUUUUGUUUUGUGCCUGUUAGACAAAUAGAAUGCAUAUUGAAUACUUUUUCACAUGUAACAAUUGUUCUGUGCCUACAUUAAUCACACCAGGAGCAACAGAUCUGAGAAUGGGGUCUAGUCUUCCAGGGUUAUGACAAACUUUAUACAUUUGAUGUCUUUAUUUAUUGUUGUUUGUACUUAUUUAUGCAAUGGAUAUUGUUUUUGUUUACAUUGAAUUUGCUGUAUCUGCAUUGUCUUCGGUGAUUUCCAGUAGACUGGAUACCAAGGUUUUAGGAAGACCUGGUGAAAAUAACACUCUCAGCUGAUUCAGGAUGUACACUUAAUAUGGAGAGAAAUAUAGGUUAUUUGAUCAUAGAAGCACCUAUGGUACUCAAUCCAAAUGUGUAAUCUAUUCAUAAAUAUAGGUCUUCCGAGUGGAAUGUGUGGCCCAUUUUUUAAUGGAUAUUGGCAAGAAACUCAGGUUCUUGUGAAGUGAGACUAAGAUUAAAAUUUUGUAUGAAUAUCAUAAGGCGAAAACUCAUUUUUGCAAUUUUUUUGUUACACCUAAUGGUAUUUUCUUGAUAAUUUAAGAGGAGGAAAAAAAUUCUUGGAUAUGAUGCUGAUGUAACAUUCGGUAGACUGUAGACUCGGGUUCAAUUCUACAGGAAGCAUUGAAGACCCUCUGUGGCUCGGAGUAUUGUGCAAUAAGUAAACGUAUUGUGUCAGAGAAUGUCUUGUACAACUAAUAAAUAUAUUUUCCUAUGAAA